GAACAUUCGACUCAGAGUAAGAGUGGAAUUCAGAAUUCGUUCAUUCCUUGCACGGAUGCUAUGGCAUCAUGAAGUUUUAAGAUGGGCUACUUCAUCCAGAUCACGAAUGAUUCCGGCAGACCAAUAUUCCAAGCUUCAAAGAAUUAUCCAGAUGUGUCCUUUGCAUCAAGCGCCUUGUUCCAUGCUUUGAUCACUGCCAGCUUGGAGCAGGGCUUUGUUCCUAGCAUCCUCCGUGCAGAUGAUGCGAUAAUUGCAUUGGAAGUGCAUGGGGAUCAAGGGGCACGCCUUGGGUUGGCCAUGGUGACAUCAGAGCUCGCGGCUGGGAAGACAUCAGAUCUACAAGCUCGUGCGUCUCGACGGCUGGAUGCCCUUUACCAAGGAGCCCGGCUGAUUCUGGGCAACGAGUUGCACAAGGCAGCCACAGGGCAAACUCAGGCGGAGGCUGUUCGCCGCAUCUUGCUUGAACGACUGACACCCAUGGUGUCUCAGCUCAUGGCAGAUGAGGAGGAGUCGGCAGACGAACCGUUGGGAUACGGCUUCUUCUCAGACCACGUGCCUCAAAUCAUGUGGCCUCCUCCUUUAGGUCUUCGACUUUCAGGUGCUGCAGUGGAAUGGUUGCCGCUCAAUUGCAGCAGUCUUGGUGAGCACGCCCUGGAGGAGCUUUUAGCGCAUUUUUCGCCUGAGCAUCUACACGAAUUCGCCGAAUCUGCCCAACCACCUCGACCACCUGCCGUGCUUUUCUGGCGUGGUCGGGUCAUAGCAGCCACACCUGCGUGGCGGCGUUUCAUGUCAGUCGAUCGGGCUCUCUUGGUGGCGAUGGCCAACGGUGUGGGGCCUUCGGCCUUUGGCGAAGCGGCGCGGAGCCUCACAUUGGAGGAGGUCGAUGACUUGUGGGUGAGAUUUCGGGCAUCAGGGGAUUCCUCCACUGAAGAGCUUCAACAUCAAAUGCUGAGCCUUCGGCUCUACCCAGACCAGAGGUACAUCCCGCCAGAGCUUCAUGAAAGUAUUGGCGAUGCCCGGCAAAGGGAAGACGCGUCCUUGGUCCUUUCAGUUCUGGCACCCGUCCAAGUCUGUAAGGAUCUUCGCAUCACGCUGCCACGGUUGCGUGAGAACGCGCUGGACUGUGCCAAGCAGGGGAGCUUACCAUUUCUUUGGCAAAAAUUGCUUGGAAGGACUGAGGAGCCCUUGCUCAGGCUUGGAAAGCUAUCCGUGGCAAUUCUGUUGGAUGAAAACUCCGGUGAUGUUGUUGCCUUUCCGGCACUCACGAGCAGAAGCAAGAACGUGGGCGAAAUCAGCACGGGUCUUCGGCGGACGGUCUAUUGGUUCCAUGUCUUACCUCCUUUAUCGGCCUCUUGUUCCCAGCGCUUUGUUUGUUGUGAAGGCUUUGUCAUCGCGGCGGCUCGAAGGGAAGAUGGAAUUCUGUGCUGGGCGUGCUCAACCGACGUUCAGGGGGAUGCACUCAAAGAGGUGCUUCGGCUACUGAAGCAUUUGCCCAGGGCACCGGGUCUAUGGAGCGCUCUGGGUGCUUUGGAGGCUCCCUAGGCCUGUGGCCUCAAUCUAAGACAGUCAAAAGGGGCGGCCUGGGGAGAAGGGAAUGUUGGGG